GAUGCAAGACAAACACGGCUUUGUUCUACACGUGUGCAAGAGGUGCAUACAAAGGUGAACUGUGAACCAGUGAGCAAGUUCAGUGAUAAGCUAAAUGUAAACUCCAGGUCUGACUCCGAAUUGUGUGACGAUAACGGUGUUGUGAAGAAGUCUGUAGUUGCAACUGGUAAGCCGUUGUUGAAUAGAGUGUCACAGAAUAGAGUUACUGCUUCAGAGUGGAGUUCUGACUCCACAAGUUUACAAAGUAUAUCUAGUCAGAGUGAAUUUAUAAAACCUUUAAUGAUUUUUGAGGAGGAACCAAAAUUGUCUACUUCUGUUAUUAAAGAGUUUGAAAAUGAUGAAAUUGACGGUAAAUUGAAUAUUUGUGGUAAUGAUCAUGAUAGUGCAGAUUUGUCUUUGGUUGAUCAUGAUGAGAUGAGGGAUAUGCCUACUACUGCUAAGUUAAAUAAAGGUUCUGUACAACUUGAACGUGAAGUAGAAAUAAAUGCAGAUGCAGUUGCAGAAGGCAUGCAUACUUGUGAGACAGUCAGUGUAAUUGAUCAGCAUGUAGCCCACCUAUCAUCAGAUGAUAGUGCUAAACCCGAACUAGUAGUGAAAGACAGCAGUGGUGGUAAUCUUGCAGUUGGACAACUAUCUGAGAGCCGAACAAGAACAGCUUCUGAUCCACCACUAAGUUCAUCACCUUGUGUCACUCAGUCAUCGUUGGUGUUUUCAUCCACAAUGAAACAGAUGCCCAUCAACUCAAGUAUCUUGUGCAAUGACUAUGGUAGUAUCAGUUCGUUUGAAAGGACGAAUAUCAAUGGUCAGUUUAGUGUGGAUAAGCCAAGUGUAAACGAGAGAGUAAUUGUUAAAUUGACUUGCACGAAUAAAGGCAUUUCUAGUUUCAAGUUACUAUUUGAAUGUUAUUAUCUUUGGUGUAAAUUACUCUGUUUCUACACUUGGUUGAUGAGAUAUGUCGUGUGUUUGUUGGUCAUCUAUAUUCUACGAUACAAUGACAUGGGCGUGUUGCCGUUCAGAUUUGAGGAUAUAGCUGAUAGAAGGAAGUUAGCAAAUGAACUCUGCGACGAUUUUCCAACCUAGGGCGUCAACCUGAGAAGGGUUGUAGGCGUACUGCUGUAAGUCCUACAGUUCUUCAAAGGGUAGCGCAUCAAUGAGCAGUCCAAUGUGCUUGGUGUAUGAUCUUGUACAUAUGUUCAUAUUGUAUAUACUGAAUUGAUAUCAUUUAUCAUCUAGCUGUUGGUAAUUCUGUUUGUGUCCGGACGACUUCCACUUGGAUCAUCAACCUGAGAAGGAAUGUAGGCGUACUGCUGUAAGUCCUACAGUUCUUCAAGGGUAGUUUGUCGUGUCAGAAUCCACAACAUUUGAUGUGUUGAUUGUACAUAUGUUUGUGUUAAAUAGUUGUGUGAGUUCCAAUUGAUGUAAUUGUUGGUUAAUCUUGUUUGUGUCUGGACAUUCCACAACUUACAAUCGUCAACGUGUGAAGGUUUGUAGGCGUACUGGUGUAAGUCUUGCAAUUCUUCAAAGGGUAGCGCAUCAAUGAGCAGUUCAAUGUGCUUGGUGUGUGAUUUUGUACAUACGUUCAUGUUGUAUAUACUGAAUUGAUAUGAUCUGUCAUCUAGCUGUUGGUAAUUCUGUUUGUGUCCGGACGACUUCCACUUGUAUCAUCAACCUGAGAAGGAAUGUAGGCGUACUGCUGUAAGUCCUACAGUUCUUCAAGGGUAGUUUGUCGUGUCAGAAUCCACAACAUUUGAUGUGUUGAUUGUACAUAUGUUUGUGUUAAAUA